AUGUUAUCACAUAGAAUUCGUGGACGAUACAAAAUGAUGAAAUUGUACUUGAAUUGUGAUGAUAAAAAUAAUCGAGAUGAUGUAUCGUGUAUAACUGACUCUCAACAUGAAAAAUAUUCAACGACAUUUGUCAGUAAUAGUAAUAAUAAUAAUGAUAGUGGCAACGAAAACAAUAAUAGUAAUACUAAUGAUACUACUAUUACUACUACUACUACUAAUACUAAUACCACUACUACUACUAAUACUACUACUACUACUAAUACUACUACUACUACUACUACUACUACUACUACUAAUAAUAAUAAUAAUAAUAAUAAUAAUAAUAAUAGUCAAGAACAUGUCUCUUUGAUAUUCAAAGUUAAACAUUGA